CAGAUUUGCAGCCAAUCACCGUCACGUUAGAUAAAUUUCAAAAAGUCACCCGCCAUGAUUGUUGUGUUUUUUAGGCUGUCCGUUGUGCAGUAAGUGUUUUUUACUGGACGACCAGAAGAGGAAGUUUAUUUUCAUUAGUGGUUUUUAUACAAAAUAAGAUACCUGAACAUGGAGUCUCGGUUUGCUCACCUGCGUCAGAGGGACGCCAGUGUGUCGAUGCUGAGAGUAAAAUUGUCUCGCAGGAGGUCUCAGUCCCAGAAGGAGAACCGAGACCGGACCGUGAACACACGCAGGCAGCUUGACAAACUCCCAGAGCUUGAAAUCUCCUCCUUAGAUGCCUCAAUUGCAAUGACCAACAUGUCAACUAUUCAGGAAAAGACAAUGAACAGUACAAAACCUGCUAAAAAAGCAGCUGUAGAAGAAAGGUUGAAACAGCUUGAGCGCUGGAAAGAGCGCAAAGCUCUUGAGAAGGAGAAGGAAAAGAGAGAAAAGGAGCGUAAAGGGGUAUUUAAGACCGGCGUGUAUCAUCCAAAGGACAGCCUUAUGAUCGUCUCUAUGCCCGUGGUCUCAGUUGUCUCAACAAGGGCUAAGGAGACAAAAGUGACCACUGCUCCAUCCCAGAGUACCAGAAUUACUCGUUCAAUGAAACAGCAACAGCAGCAGCAUGUGCAGAGGACUCUGAAGAUGCAGGAUCUAAAUGCUGUGGCAAAGAAGGCUCAACCUGCUGUGGAAAGAUCAACCAGGAACAGGGUUGCUCUUGUCAAGCCUGCACCUGCACCAGCGAAGACAAAGACCAAAGUUUGUACAGUGGAGCCUGUCGUACGAGCUUUGUCAACCAGAUCAGCCAACAGGCCUCCUGUUACAGCAGCUCCUGUGGUAAAAGACAAAUCUGCAGAUGUAAGAACCACAAGGAGUAGAGCAUUUGUUAAUGCUGUGGUCCCCUCUUCUGAUGGAGAAAGAAAUUGUAAAGAAACCGAUGACCAACACACCCAGCCUGCUUUGCCCAAGGAGCCUGAAAUGCAGGAGCCAGUAGAAAAUCCUCAUCCCCCCAGCCUUACACCCUGCUCAGAGGAGGAAGACAUGGUGAUGGACCAAGCUGAGGCUGACUCUGUCCCUGGUGUGGAUACUGUUAUAGCGCCGUCUUCUUUUGCUCCUGAGGGUUUUGUCUUCCAGGCUCCCUCUGGCUUGUCAUCCUUCAGGUUCGAGCCUCUCACUCCUCGCUCUGCAGAUGCCUUCCUUACUCCAAGCCUCAGCUUCAGUCUUCCACCGGUCCCUGUGUUAAACAUUGAGCCUCAGGCUGAGUCAAGUGAGCCACUGCCCCCUAAAUCCCCUCAACGCUCUCCUCCUCAUGUGUCUCCCACGGUUGCCCCUCUGACUCCAGCCAGCCCCUUGGAAUCAAAGCAUGACGUACCAUACUUCAGAUCAGAAAUUGCCAAUGAGACGGACAGACUGACAAGUCUGUGUGUCCAGUGGGAGGCCAAAGUGGAGGAUGAGUCCAUUCCAGAAGAGAUGAGAGACCGUAUGCGGACAGCAGUCGGCCAAGCAAGGCUGUUGAUGAAAGAACGCUUUAACCAGUUCAGCGGGUUGGUGGAUGACUGCGAGCUGGGCCGAGGGGAGAAGAUCACCACCUGCAUGGACCUGCAGGGAUUCUGGGACAUGGUUUAUUACCAGGUAGAGGAUGUCAACAAGAAGUUUGAUGCUUUGAGAGAAGCAGAGAGCCGAAACUGGGUGGAGGAGCACAAACCUCCACCACGGCAGAAGAAAGUAGUAAAGAAACCAUCAGUUGCCCCCACCAAGCCAACAGGAACCAAAGCAGCUGCCAAGUCUCGUCUGGCUGCUGUGAAAGCAGCCAUGAAAGCCAAGCAGCAGGCAGCCGAGAAAGCAGCAAACGAUGCUGGUAACAAUGAGAAUGACGGCAGGACUAACUCUCAGGAACAACAACCCCAAGCAGAGCCCCAGCCAAGUGACUCUGUGGUCUUUGAUGGAGGCUUCUUCCAUGUGGAGAGCCCUGCUAAACAAUCAGGUUCAGUGAGGAGAUCCAGUCGCCUGAGUGCCGCGGUGCAGCCUCAGGCCUCUCCCUGCGCCAACUACCUCUCACCCAGAAGAGUCACUCGACGCCUCCUUGCACUGGCGCAGACUCCUGUUCACGCCACCACUUCUCCUAUUCAGCCCGUACACACUCCUGCCCAGCUCCGUCUUACCCUCAACAAAACCCCAGCGCAAGCAUCCAAGUCUCAGCGUGGCACUCCUCAGUCAUCCCAGAACAGAAAGGACACACCAUCUCUUUGUGUCUCACCUAUCAGGGCAGUUCUCUCAGAUGACACCCAGCCUGAAGGAGGGCCUGCAUGCCAGUCAGAAACAGUUGCUGAAUUGAGCACACCCACACCUGUACAUUCAAUUCCAUCCAUUUCUCUAGUCGGGGAGCAGGGUGAACCAGCUGAGGCUGUUGAUGUUGAUCUCCCUGUCUGUUCAAGACUUUCCUUGUCUCACUGCAAAUCACCUGUUCCAGUCUCCCAGGCCCCUGAGCCUUCAGCAUGUCUGAGUUUCGUGCUGUCACCCUGUGUGACUCCCAACCAGCCUCCAGUCUCCUCUCCUUCUGCUGUGGAGGCCAAGGAGUCCGUGUGUCAUACACCAGACAGCUCGGCUGUAGAGGAAAUUCCUGGGUUGGACUUUGAGCGUUAUCUCCAGCCUUCACAGAGAUGCAGCCUGUCACCGAGGGAGACAGUUGCCAUAGAGCCGUUUUCACCCAUGGCAGUGGAUGUAGGACUGGAGAGUCCCAGAGGUCAGUCUGAGGACCUGCAUGCUCAGCGAGAAGCAGCACUGCCAGCGGUGUCUUCACUAUUAAGUCUUCAGUCACCACAGGCACAGACAGCGGAGUCUGCCUUACUUCUCUUCACCCCUGACCUGAAAGACCGGAUACGCGAAUCUGUCUGUCCAAGUGACCUGAUGGUGUUCACUCCUCCCCUCUGAAUGGACAGAAAAGAUUUUUUUUUUUUUUUUUUUUAUGUUUUGAAUUUGGGCAUAUAUUUACUACUUUUGUUACUGUGAUGAAGAAAAAAAAAGUGAUUCUGACUUUUAGAUAAAAUGGGAAAUAGUUUUCUUUUAGAUUGGUCUUAUUAAAGCUCUAACUACAACAAG